AAAGUGCAACCAUGAGUUACCGGAUCAGCGAGGAAAAACUUGGAGAAUACUACCAAGUAUCCCUGGAACUGGUCAGGAAGUGCGGUCAGCUUUUCUUGGAGGGUUUCCAGAAACCGAAAUCCGAUUACGAAGUCAAGACAGAAUGCGAGUUAACGGAGCGAAAGGUUCCCCAUUGCUGUAUUUCUGUUUUGCUGGGGAUUGUUUACAAUCCUGCAAAUGAGUUGUAUUCAGCUUAACAAGAUCCCGGAGCUUAUUUAAAUGAGCAACCCAUUGAGGUUUCUUACGCUAAAGCGGUCCAAAUAAAAUAAUUAUGUUUUCUGCAGUAAUCUAUCUGCUAAAAAGUUCGGGACAAGAACGUGAAGCGUCUCUACAAGCUGGCCUCGAAUGCCACAGGCACCCGAAGCUUUGGAUGUGCAGCUCUCACGCUCAACUAAAUAGCCGCCGGCAGAUGUGACGCCUAUCAUGUGGAGAAUCUUAAACCCUGGGAUCUAGCUGGCGGUGCGGUAAUCCUCAAGGCGGCCGGUGGCACUGUUUACAAAGCCAGCGGAGAAAGAUUUCAUUUGAUGAAACCCGAUUGUGUGCGCACCAGCUUUGAAGAAUUGGCCAAAUAUGUAAUCGAGGUGAUAGAAGCAACUGACCAAAUUACCGGUAUACUUUUAAAUAAAAAUAAUAAU